UCCAAUAUCCCUCAUCAUAUUGUGUUGCCAUAAGAUAUACUAUGACAUGAAGGCGAGAGUCGGAAUGAUGGAACCCAGUAGAGGCGGUCGUUGCUAUGCAGCAGCUAAUCAACACGCAACAAUACAGGUGCUGUUUGCAGAGGUGUUUUCUGUGUGUCCGUGCAGCAGGUAUAUACCGAGGACCAGCAAGCAGCAGCCAGUAGUCAUGAGUUGCUAGUCAGCAAUGGUAGGUGGUGGUUGGCAGCCAAGGGAUCCCCAUUAUUAGCAGCCAAGAAUUGUAGUACAGAGAGAGUUGGAGAAAUAUUUCCUGGCUGAAGAGAAAUCAUGAAUCUUACGGGCUCAAAGAAAAAACGAGAUCUGCAUAGUGAGAUGUCAGGAGCAUGUUCUCAAGAUACAUAUCAGGCCAUCAGUGUAAAAUAUGAGGUAUUAUCAGAUGCAGAAGCAGAGGAGGAUCCUGACCCAAUAAAAUUUCCAGGAACAAUUAUUGAACCUGAGAUUAUUCUUCAUGAACUUCAACCAUUGUUUGGUGAGGAGCGGCCAUAUUUCUGUGGAGUCUGUAAUAAAUCAUUCAGUCGUCAGAGUAAUCUGAAGACACAUCUGCGCAUACAUAGUAACGAGAAGCCAUUUUGCUGUGACGUGUGUAAUAAGUCAUUCAGUCAGCUGAGUAAUCUCAAAACACAUCGAGGCACACAUAGUGAUGAGAGGCCAUUUUGCUGCGAUGUGUGUAAUAAGUCAUUCAGUCAUCACUGUACUCUGAAGACACACCAACGCAUACAUAGUGGGGAGAGGCCAUUUUGCUGUGAUGUGUGCAGUAAAUCAUUCACUGCACAAGGCAAUCUGAAGGCACACCAACGCAUACAUAGUGGGGAGAGGCCAUUUUGCUGUGAUGUGUGCAGGAAGUCCUUCAUUCAGCAGGCUAAUCUGAAGGCACAUCAACGCAUACAUAGCGGGGAGAAGCCAUUUUGCUGUGAUGUGUGUAAUAAGACAUUCAAUCGGAAAGUUAAUCUGAAGACACAUCAACGCAUACAUAGCAAGUACAGGCCAUUUUACUGUGAUGUGUGCAAUAAAUCAUUCAAUCAGCAGUGUAAUCUCAGCGCACAUAUACGUACACAUACUGGGGAGCGGCCUUUUUUCUGUGAUAUGUGUUAUUUAUCAUUCAGUCAUAACUGUAGUCUGAAGAGACAUCUACUCACACACAGUGAUAUAUGUAGUAAAUCAUAGAGCAAUAAUGGCGGGUUUAGACUAAGGGAACAAAAUAACAUUUGUAGCAUGCCACACUGUUGCUUGCUAAAGCAGAGAGAGGGGGAAGUGCACACAUCUAACUUUGAACUGUUCUAAAAUGUUAUUCAUUAUGAUUUUUCCAAUUUUAAACAUCUGUCCACAUAGAAAAUUUAAACUGACAGUAGCAUGUACAAGCAACAAAAGCAACAAGAGAAAAAGUGUUACUAGUUAGAAACAACAACCAUACUGUCACGUGUAUUAGUGA